AUGUCUCCCCCAAUGGUUGCUGGCAAGGAGAAGGAGUCUAACCUGGCGCGACUCCUCGGUUCCGGAUCCGCCGGUAUCGCCGAGUUGGCCGUCUUCCACCCGGUCGACACAAUCGCCAAGCGUCUGAUGAGCAACACCAGCAGAGUCUCGGGCAUGUCGCAACUCAACGCCGUCAUCUUCAAGGACAAGGCCACCGCCCCCGUCGGCAAGAAGUUCUUCUCCCUCUUCCCCGGUCUCGGAUACGCCGCCGGCUACAAGGUCUCCCAGAGAAUAUACAAGUACGGCGGUCAGCCCAUUGCCCGCGACUACCUUGCCACCCACUAUGGCAAGGACUUUGAGAAUGCUUUCGGAAAGAAGACUGGCAAGGCCAUUAUGCACUCGACAGCCGGCAGUUUGAUCGGUAUCGGUGAGAUUGUGCUUCUGCCCCUGGACGUCCUCAAGAUCAAGCGCCAGACCAACCCCGAGGCCUUCCGCGGUCGCGGCAUCUUCAAGAUCAUCGCCGACGAGGGCUUUGGCCUGUACCGUGGCUGGGGCUGGACCGCCGCCCGUAACGCUCCCGGCUCGUUUGCCCUGUUUGGUGGUUCUGCCUUUACCAAGGAGUACCUCUUUGGCCUCGAUGACUACAACAAGGCCAGCUGGUUCCAAAACUUUGUCGCUUCCAUUGCCGGUGCCUCUGCCUCGCUCGUCGUCUCUGCUCCUCUUGAUGUCAUCAAGACCCGUAUCCAGAACCGCAACUUUGAGAACCCCGAGAGCGGCUUCCGCAUCCUCUCCAACAUGGCCAAGAACGAGGGUAUGGGAUCCUUCUUCAAGGGUCUCGUUCCCAAGCUGCUCAUGACCGGUCCCAAGCUCGUCUUCUCCUUCUGGCUCGCCCAGACUCUGAUCCCCGCAUUCGACGGUAUGCUCAAAUAA